GACAUUUAUUAAUUGUUAUCUAAAGUAAAGAAAUAGAGAAAAAAGACUAUAGAUCACCACCACCUUCAAUCAAUCCUCCUCUGCUCUGAUCCCUUGCAUUGAUGGCUUCUUCUUCUUCUUCUUCUUGUUCUUCUUCUUCUUCUCCUCCAAAACCUCAUGCUGUUCUGAUCCCACAACCAGCUCAAGGGCACAUAACCCCCAUGCUCCAACUAGCCAAAGUCCUCCACUCCAAAGGCUUUCAUAUAACCUUUGUCAACUCUGAAUAUAAUCAUAAACGCUUCCUUAAAUCCAGAGGCUCAAACUCUCUCCAAGGUUUCCAUGAUUUCCAUUUUGAAGCCAUACCUGAUGGUCUGCCACCUUCUGAUGAUCACCAAGAUGUGACACAAGACAUAGCACAACUAUGCAUCUCCACCACCAAACACUCUCUUGCUCCUUUCAGAGAUCUCUUGCUCAAACUCAACAGCAAUCAUGAUGCACCACCAGUCACUUGUGUUGUGGCUGAUGGGGUCAUGAGCUUUGCUCAAAGAGUUGCUCAAAAUCUUGGCAUCCUUUCACUUGUUUUCUGGACCACUAGUGCUUGUGGCUUCAUGGGGUAUCUUCACUUUGCUGAACUUAUCUCUAAAGGCUUUACUCCACUCAAAGAUGAGAGCUAUUUAAGCAAUGGAUAUCUGGAGACUAGCAUUGGAUGGAUACCUGGGAUGAAAGACAUGAGAUUGAAGGACUUCCCAAGCUUCAUCAGAACCACAAACAGGGAUGACAUCAUGCUUAACUUUGAUGGUGGAGAGGCACAGAAUGCAUACAAGGCAUGGGGAGUGAUCAUAAACACAUAUUAUGAGCUUGAGAAGGAUGUCAUUGAUGCAAUGAAGCUCAUGUUCCCGCACUUGUACACCAUUGGCCCUUUGUUUAGGUUUGCCAGCCAGAUAGACGAUGAGAAGAUGAAAUCCAUAGGAUCAAACCUAUGGAAAGAAGACACCACUUGCAUUGACUGGUUGGACAAACAGAAGGUUGGAUCAGUUGUUUAUGUGAACUUUGGAAGUAUAACAGUAAUGACAAAGGAGCAAUUAGGGGAGUUUGCAUGGGGAUUGGCUAAUAGUAAACAUCCAUUCUUGUGGGUCAUAAGGCCUGAUCUUGUGGCAGGAGAGAAGGCCAUGCUUCCCGAAGGCUUCAUUGAAGAAACUAAGGGCAGGGGUGUAAUGGCUAGUUGGUGUCCUCAAGAACAAGUGCUCUCACACCCUUCUUUGGGAGUGUUUCUAACACACAGUGGAUGGAACUCAACUCUAGAGAGCAUUUGCAAUGGUGUGCCUAUGAUUUGCUGGCCUUUUUUCGCCGAACAACCAACGAAUUGUCGAUAUGUCUGUAGAGAAUGGGGAGUGGGUAUAGAGAUUGAUGGUAAUGUGAGAAGAGAUGAGGUUGAAGAACUUGUGAGAGAGAUGAUGGAAGGAGAGAAGGGGAAGGAGAUGAGGUUGAAGGUCAAGGAGUGGAAAGAGAAGAGUGAGGAUACUGUUAAAUAUGGUGGAUCUUCAUAUGAGAGCAUUAACAAGUUGGUUAAUGACUUGAUGAUUAAUUAAGGCAUGUAUUAAUUAAGGUCCUUGUUUCUUCCUUCUGAUCAUGUAUUAUUAACUUUCACCAUUGUAGUGUCUUUGAAGUGCUCUCUCUGUCCAACUCGUUCAUUUCCACAUGACUAUAUAUAUGCAUAUAUAUAUAUA